CUGUAGUAUCUAUCUGACUGUGCAGAAAGUGUUUGUUAUGGUUCAGGCACUGAAAGGACAACUAAAAUUGAGCUACCCCUAUAUUGAAGGUCCUUCGACACCCAACUGCUUUCUCCAACAGCAAUCUCGGCAAUGGCGGAUUACGAUAACUACGAUGACCGGGAUCGGGCUUACGGUAGUUUUGGUGGAGGCAGAGGGUAAGAAAAUACCUGGACGAAUAGAAUGUGUCAGUAUUACUGUAUGGUAAUGUGAGAAAACGCACUGAUGCCUCAGGUUUAUGCAGGGGCUUGUUUGAAAUUCUUCUGAAAGAUAGGCCUGGGUUCAGGACACGGGCCAGACAGUGCUAGUGGCUAGCCUCUCACGGCCGCUUUGAUGAAUGGGAAACCGGUAUUGAGGGCGGGGAAAACUCGUGGAUUGACCAUAGCUAGCUACUUACAGAUGUGCGUGUGAUAUUUUCCAUUACAGGUUGUUAGCGACAUAUUAAUGUCGGUUUGACAAUACAUAUUAUGACAUGGUUAUGAUUGCAAGACAUUUUAUAAUUCUUACAGACUGCCAGCAUGGCACUUGGCGCCAGCAACUCGUUAAACAGCCCACAUGGGCUGCAUGUUGUGCUAGCAAGUCAGGGACUGCGUCGAAUGGCCAAAUCGGGUGAUAACAAAUCGGAUGUCAACAUGCACCAUUCUCCGAAAUCAUUGUCAAUACAUAGCAUGUUUAGUUAGCUAUUAAUCAUUAUUCAAUGCACAAGCCUUUUGAUGCCUUGUUAGUGGUAACGUUAGCUAGCUAGCUAGACUGCUAGCUAGACUAAUUUGUGCUAAUUGCAUGAAGAUUUAUGCGGAGAACUAGCUAGUAUGCUAACUCUGCUAGUUAGUCUAGUUUGGGCCCAGUGCACCAUGCAUCCAUUCCUAUCUAGUUUGAUGCGCGCACUCGUCAGCUAGUUAGCUAGGUUUUAAUGAUUUGCAAUGCAUUUAACUAACAUAACGUGGGCUAACUCGUGCAUUGACGCCAGUCAUUCAAUACCAGGAACAAAUUGUAAACGUUACGUGCUAACGAUGUUGCGGCGAUACUGAAAUGUAUUCUGAAACUCAGUCAUAGCUAGGUAGCUAGCUAGCCAGAACUUCAAAAUAACCUAAUCAACGAAAACACUAGAAAUUAGACUAGGUAGCUACCGGCAUAAACUAUAUCCAGUUAAAAUGUGAUCCAUUGGAUAGGAUAAACGUAACUGAUAAUAUCGAAGAUCUGGGCUUUUUCUGUAUGCCACCCCUUGUCAGUGACUGUCAUAACAUUAACGUUAGUUGUUGUAAUCAUAUUCUGCUUUGCUUGAUUCACACAGGAAAGGAGUUGGAGCCCCUGAUCCUGAAAUACCUAAACUAGUGCUGUAUCUAUUGGGCUACCUGGCAUAAAUUAAUUUCACACCAUGGCCAAAUAACUACAGAUUAUCACCAUACCUCUUAUCAAAUGCUAUGUAAGAUCACAACAGCCAACAUGGUUAUUUUACAAAAUAUCGCUUGCUCUCCUUGCUUAUUGUGGGAUAGAUCCAAAUGCCCAACCUCCCUUGGAAGACCCUUUUCAGUUGAAUGCAUUCAAUUGUGCAACUGACUAGAUAUCCCCUUUCCCUUGUUGGGGCCUAUAGCUAGGUGGCUGAACCUCUUGGUUCUGCCUGGUCGCCUAGUUUGCUUUGACACCCGAGGAAUGCAGCAGGCAUGCAGUACCCCAUCUGCAUUUCUCAGCCCCGUCAGAUUGGAGUGCUAUUGCCAGCAAGGGAACAGGUUCCUUGAAGUUUUGGCAAAGCCCCACCACUCCUCAUGAGGAGCAUACAUUUUUUACAUUUACAUAAUUAUAGCAGACUCUCUUAUAUCCAGUGCACUCAUCUAAGUUCAGUAGGGGAAAACAAUUACAUAGCACAGUCAUUGCAAGUAGACCCUUCUUCGAAAUGGCUGUUAUCUGUGCACAGGAACUUCUGCUGUUCUUUGAGAAAAGUUAAUUAUUUUGUGUAGAGGUGCUGACAAAUGGAGAACAAACUGUAAACUAUAAAAAUAGUUGUGUGUGUGUGUAUGUAUGUAUAUAUAUAUAUAUAUAUCUCAAACAAACUCCCAGUAAUUUAUUAGGUAAAACAGCAAUGUUUCGGCAUCACUGUGCCUUCUUCAGGGUAAAAAAAAAUUGAAACACAUGGCAGCUCUGUAUUAUUUUUUACCAGUAUUUAGCCCAACAGGGCUGCUGUCUUUUUCUGUGUGCUGCUCACACUGUUGGCAUUGAAAUGGAACAGAUUAUUAUGUUUCUGUGUCAAUUCUUUAUCCAGUUUCCAGACAGCCUAGUCCUAUUUCCUGUAUUGUAUGUGCAACGUUAUGUAUUUUCCUAUGGGAUCUGAGCUGUUGAUCUUUGGUAUUAUGAUUGGUAAUGGAUCUGUCCAAGUGUACCUCAUUUAUCGAAGGCUCAGAGAAAAUCAGAUGAAAAGUAUGACUGCACUACCUCUGUGCCACGGUUUUGCCUGUGACUCAGUUAAUGUCCCAAUUAUCAACCAUCAUCUCCUGCUCAGACUCUCAGCCAUUGAUACUAUUAGUCCUUAGUCAUUCUUGACCAGGAAAAACACAGGGUCCUGUACGUGGGGAGUGGCUAUCUGUUGUAGUCUGUUCUCUCACGGAGGUGUUCGUUUCUGGUAGACCCAGAGGUGGCAGUGGACCUGGUGGACCCCGCAAGCAGAAGGAUCUACCCACAGAGCCCCCAUACACAGCCUACGUGGGCAACCUGCCCUUCAACACAGUACAAGGAGACAUAGACACCAUUUUCAAAGACCUCAGUGUCAGGAGUGUUCGACUAGUCAGAGACAAAGAAACAGACAAGUUUAAAGGUGAGCAAGCACCCGUUUGUCGUCGUCUUAGUAAAGCAUAACCUCAAACAUCACAAGCCACGGCAACACAGUUUUGUUUGUUAUUUUUCUUAACCAAAUUAAUUUUCUCCUUUCAGGUUUUUGUUAUGUAGAGUUUGAUGACUUGGAAUCCCUUAAAGAAGCUUUGACGUAUGAUGGUGCAGUGAGUACCUGCAAUUAGUUUUCUCAGGUCCUCAUUUGUAUCUGGUUCAUAAAUGUAAAAGGGAAACUGUGGUUUAGUGUUGUCACAAUACUCAGGAUCACAGGAAUGAAUUUCCAGUCAAAAUUAUGGAAACAAACAGCUGUAUGUUUUUUAAUUUUUUUAUAGCUAUAGCACACACUAUUUAACAUAAAACAGGUUCUUAAACUGAGACCUCAGCGUUAUAUGAUGUGGCCAUGAGCAGCAAUGUGAAUCAAAGAUAUUGCAGAGUGGCACUGAUGCAAGAGGCUGCUGAGCAUUCACACAGAGCAUCUGCAUAAGAGUUCACUUCACUCAUACAACGUGACAACUGCGGAGGAGAUUAGCCUCUGCUAUUGCCCUCUUUGUUGUUUUGGAAAUCAUCCCGAUUCUUCUGUUUAUUCAUGCAUCGCUGAGUAUACCUUAAAAGGACCAUACAGUUGUCUGCUUCGUAUGGAAAAUCGGAUUAUUGUGAUAUGGGUAUCGUGACAAUGGAAUACAUCUAUGCUGUUUUUGCAUAAAACAAAUAAAACUGUCCCCAACACUAUGAUAAACUUAGUUGGUUUUGCACCUUUCAUAAAAUAGAUUGCAGUCCAAAGUGCUUUAAAAGUUAGUACAGUGACAACCGAAUAUCAUUUUAUAAAAGGGACAAUUAAAUGGAGCGACACGUCCAACAGUGAUGUAUUUGUAGGACAUAAACACUGUCGGAAGCCUUAUCAGAGAAGCGGACCACAUUGUUUCAUUUCCUCCUAGUGCUGACUUGUACCUUCCCGCUCCCCAGCUCCUUGGAGACCGGUCACUCAGGGUUGACAUAGCAGAGGGCCGAAAGCAAGAGAGAGGCGCCGGAGGAUUCGGGUACCGGGGGAACGACAGAGGAGGUACCUUCUUGUGCUAACUUGUUUGUUCCUCUUAUGACUACUGCUUAGUAUAUUUCUUGAUUAUUAAUAUGUAGUAUAUUAUUACAACUACAAAGAAAUAUCAAUGACUUACGUCAGCUGAUUCAGUGUUGAUCUUUUACAUUCUCUAAUGAGUCAAGAUAAAUUGAUUUGUGGAUUGUCUUAACUGUAAAUAUUAAUAUGAAGUAACAAUACCUCAUGGCCUAGAUUUGAAUAAUUAUGCAUCUUUAACAUUGACCUAAGACUAUCAUCUUUCACCAUCAUACUCAAAUCCAAGGCUGUCUUAAAAUCUGUCAAUUAUCAGAAGCUUUGCUGUUCUGUUUGAGUUUGCUGCCAUCUAAGCAUACAGUGUAUUCCACUUAUAACAAUAACGGAAGAAUCAAUCAUUUAUUGUGGUCAUAAAAAACGUGACAAGAUGCUUGUACAUCACUUUUAUAGAUCAAUGGAUUAUGUAAUCCGCUAUAAUCAAAUCAUCAGUCCUUAUAAGAGGAGUGCAUUGCUGAAUGACUACUACCACUGUUGCCUCUUUGGCCUUAUUCUUGUUGUAUUUCACUACAUGCUGGGAUAUGAGAAUACCUGGCACUUCAUAAUGUAUCCAUUCACACAUCGAUCUUACGCCUUUCUCUCCUGCUUCCUUUUCCCGAGGUAAAUCGUGCUUGACCAGUUUAGCUCUACAACCCUACAAAUAUGAGCAGCUAAACUAAAUAUUUUCUACCUUCUCUACUUUCCUAACCAAAGACUUCAACUAGCUGUCUCUAGAAGUAGUACUACUAACCUAGGCCCUUGGCUAACCAGCACUAGGCCCUUGGCUAACCAGCAGGUGGGUUCCUCACCCCUGCCUCAGCCCUAAGCACCACUCACCCCUGUUGUUAAAACUGAGCCCUGUCCCCUGCAGGCCGAGGGGGCUCUCGUGGAGGUGGUCCCAGAGGAGGUUCCAGAGAUGACUACGAAGGAGGUGGGAUGAGCGUUCCGCUGGUUUAGCCGGUCCCCAACCGGUCAUUAGAGCAGACCAAGUUUGACUGCUGCAGUUUAAGAUCCGAGCAGUGCAGUACAGUACAGUGGGUAGAGCGAGCACCAAGCUAAGGAAGCAAACCAAUUGCUCCCAUUUUUUGAUUUGUGAAUCUGCAGAAUAGUUUGAUAUAAGCAGUAUGUGAUUUCCUCCCCCCAUAGGAAUUCACAUAGGUUUUUCUUUUGCGAUUUACACUGUUUUAUUGUCCCUUGGUGCAUUUUGUUUGUUAUCCCUCUGUCAUCACUCAUACAGGAGGUUCACCUCAUUUUCAUGUGUCACCUUACAGGGCUGCUCCAGGUGCUGGGCAAGGACAGAGAUUUAAUUUAGUCAGAUCUGCAAUGUUUAGAAUGUUACUGAAAGGAAUGUGGUGUUUAGAGCUCACAAGAUUCAUUAUCUUUAUUCCACGAGAGAAUCAUGUUUGUUCUACACUAUACUUUAUCUGAACGUUCUGUGACAUUGUACUCCUGAAUGAGCCCAAGACUGUCUAACCUGUCUCUUCCCUCUGCAUCUCCUCGCGUAGGCUACAGAGGAGAUGACGACUUCGGACGAGGCCGAGGAGGCGGCCGCGGUGGUGACCGAAGGGGAGGCGGUGGAGGAGUAGGCAUGGGGGGACGCUACAGGGAUGGCGGACCACCACCGCGCGCUGGAGCGGAAGACUUCAGAGAACCCUCUGACGGUGUCACAAUCUCUCUUAUCUCAUAUAAAACACUCUAGACCAGAGGUACUCCCAUUACAGUGUGGAGGUCUGAAGGAAUACAGUUAUUUUUUUAUUUUUCUCCGCUGUAGUUAGUUAAUUGAUUGAUAGAUGUCGCUGAUUGGUCAGAGACUCCACUCAACUGGUGUCCCACGCCUGAAUUAGUCCCUGAUUAGAGGAGAAUAAUGAAAAUAAGCAGUACUUCUGGCAUCAAGGUUUGAGGAAAAAGAACCCUAGGCAAUGUUUAGUCAUGGAAGAACGGAUCAGUUUAGAUGGAUUUUUGAUUGGUUUGUGCAUUGUUACAGUACAGCUUUUGUGAAGAUGAUGUGAAGGUGUCAAUAUUGACCCCUCAUUUAAUCUACUGAAAAACCCUGAACCCAGUGGCCACCUAUUUGAUGUGAUAACAUUAGACUUGGCCAGUUAAUCAUGUUAUUCAAUUUUUUUGUUGUUGCUUUCCACAGAGGAGAGGGCGCAGAGACCACGGCUUCAGCUGAAGCCACGCACGGUGGCUGCCCCACUAAACCAAGUUGCCAACCCCAACUCUGCCAUAUUUGGUGGAGCCAAGCCGAGGGAGGAGGUAAUUCCCAAAGACAAACCUUAAGAGAUUGACCAGGCCUCAAAGCCCGGGAGGGGAGGGCAGGGACGGUGUAGAAAAACGAAACGAUGCCAAUGGGAUACGUUAAUGGGAUACGUUAACGGCUUCUGUUAGCGUUCCUCUAUCGGAGAUGACGAACUGAACAAAACCCUCUUUCUGAGUUAAGUUUGAGUGAAAUAUUUAUUUGAGACUGAAUUAAAAACAAGAGGAGAAUACACAUACUCUUGGAAAAAUAAUACAACACACAAACACCCAAAGAGCAGCUUGUGAAUGCAUGUUAAACUGUUAACAUGGUUUUUACGUACACCUCUGCUUCCCUGUGAUUAGUGCCUGCUUUGUCUGUAGUUUUAUUGGGGGAAGGUCCAUUCACAUGUUGAUUGCAGUAAAGGAUGAAUACAAUUGAGAUGAAAAGUAACCUUUUCAGUUUAUUUAGUAGUAUAAUUCACUACGAUAUUCGACCCUCUGAUGUGUGUUGGAAUUGAAGUAUCUCUGGACCCCAACUCUGAAGUAGUCGCUAUGCUUGCAUGUGGGUAGGCAUUGAUCCCCACAAGAAUUCUGACCCCUUUACAAAAUGUAAUAUAACAUGAAUUGUUAGAAUAGAAUGGUUUGCGCUGAUGGUUUGGUUCAUGGCUGUUGUGGCUGAGCUUCUGUAGGGAGUCGAAGGUUUUGUUAUCACAGUUGGUCGACACGACACCUUCAUUGUCUUAAGAGAUUCUGCACCCCUCCUACACACUCACCAACAAGAAAGCCUGGUCAGAAAUGUGCUGCUGUUGUUUCUGUUUAGCCCCUAUGACUUCCAAAUGUAAAUUGGCGUUACGUUAAAAUGCAUUGUUCAGCCAUAUGGUCAGUGUUCAGUUUGGGAACCGUGCAAAAAAUAACGAACAAUUUUCAUUAGUGGAGCUGUUAAGGUCAUUGUAUCUGCUUAACUAUCCAAUUGUAGUGUAGUUGUUAAACUAUUUUAUAAUUUCUCUUAUUAUUAAAUCAUUUAACAUUUCCCCCAGAAUUGAACCUGUCUAACCAUAAUGUUUUUCUGUUUGUUUCCCAUUCUCAAAGCUUGAAAAAGAGGCAGAAAAGGAAUAGAUAUAUCCACAUGGCUGCAUUAUUCUGGAAGUCUACUUUGGAUCUACUGGCUUUGUUUACCAAAAAUCUUUCAAAGACUUCUCCCAAAGAAAGCUCGCUGGGGAGUCAGGCGCUGGGUUCCUCUUUCUGCUCGCUAACACAAAGCAGGCCUUCAUCUAAUUGGUAAAAGAGCAGUUGGACCCAAGGCUGCUGUGAGGGGCAGGGGCCAGGCCUAUGUCAACCUGACCCGUAUCCCACACACAUCAAAAGGAACUCGGGACAGUGGCUUCAGUUUGGUUCUGUUGCCUUUUGGGUAAGGACUUUGAUGUGUCACUUUCUCUUAUCUUUCCCAAAGCAUCCUUUGUGUUCACCAAAUGAUUUGCAGUUUUAGACAUACAGCAGUCAAAAGGCUGUUCCUUUGGUGUCUUUUAUAUAUUUUUGUCCGAAAUUUCUGCUCAAUUUGUGAAAUGAUUAUCAUUUCAGCUUCAAAUUUCCACUGUCUUAAAUAUUAAAUGAUAACAUUGCCAAGAGAACUGAAUCCUUAUUGUUGUCUCUCAAUGUGUAAUUCUGGAACCCGAUUGAAAGAUUUUUGAUCUUAGUCUGUUAAAUCCAGGCAAAAUGGCUUCCUGCAUAAUGGAGCGAAAGUGUUUUAGAGGAGCGGCUGAAGUGCGCACUAGAUUAAAUCAAAAACAUGGGUUAUUGCAACGGUCUUGAUGUCUGGCAACUUUUUACUUCCACAGCUUGAUAGUUGUAUGCAUUUUAUCAACAAAAAAAUGGAUCACUUAAACACUGCAAAAUGUACAACUUUAACAUAGGAAACUUAACUGAACAAAAAUCAACUGCUCUCAUUUGUCCCAUGGAGACUGGCUAAAUCUAGUCUGCCUACCAGUAGAUCGUGUAGGAGGAUGCUUUUGAGAAUUUGUGUGUUGCGACCAUUUUUAUUUACAUUUGACUGGUUAUGAAAUUUAGUAAGUGAUACCUUGUUCCUACUGUACUAUAGAAAGAUCUGUUUUUUUAUUUUAUUUCAUUUUUCCUACACUGUUUAUGGCAAUAAAAUGUAUCAUCUUACAUUAAUUCUUAUCAAGAAUGUGUUUAAAUGGGAUGGGUGAAUAAGUCAAGGCAAUGAAGUAGUUCUCUGAGAACACAAAGCAAUGUGAACAUAGAAGAAAAACAUUUUAAUUUAAUGGAACAGGGCAGGCAUUGUUUUGAAAAAGUUAACUCUGUAAGGAACAUGCAUACAUAUCCAGUUUCAGUCCAUUUAAGUUAUUGUUGAUUAUUCCCUACAAAUUUUCUUUCUAUGUUCGCAAGUGUCUUUCUGCACACAUUAGAAACAACUAAUGUAUCGCAUGCAGAGAACCUAGUUCCUCAUCCUCAAUGCUUUCCCCACAGGAUUACAACAUAAUGCAGAGGGUAUGUGGAAUACCAUUUUGAGGCCUGUUAUGCACCGUACAGUAGCUUGAGGUGCAGGGACAGGAUCCUUUUCAGUGUUUGUGUGAAUGCCAGACAGAAUCCUUGUUCUGAAUUUAUGGUUAGUUGAACUUUGAGAACAGGGGUGUAUUCAUUAUGAAAACUGUUUAAAAA